AUGAUAGAAAAGAUAAAGUUUCACGUGAUGGAUCAAGUGCCGCCCAUCCAAGCAAUGGUCCACACAGGUUCCUACCACAUGUUAAUUGCUUACUGCGGUGAUAUGCGCCUGUGGCUCUUUGGAGAUCAUCGUAAAGACUUCACAUCUCUGGGUAGUAUACCCUGCCGUUUCUCCAUCAGCUGCCUCUGUUAUGACUCAGAAACUGAGAUACUGCUCUCUGGUACCUUGGGGGCUGUGGUUACCUGGUUUAUUUUGCCAAAUGGCAGGGGCCUCCAAAUGGCACAAACUGUGCCCAUGCCUGGUGGUGAGCUUGUACAGGGCUUUUCCCUGAAUGCCCCCCGGGGCUCCCUCCUGGCUCUUUGUGAGAAUAAGGUGAGAGUCUUGACCCAGCUGGAAGAGGUAAAGAAGUUCAAUCCCAUCACCAGUGGCUCCACCAUCACCUGCUCCUUCACUUGUGUCUCUCAGGGCUAUUUCUAUGCCGGAAACAAGGAUGGAGAAAUCCAUGCUUGGGGUCUAGACCGAGGCAACUUCCUCUACAGCUUCCAGGCUCACUCCUCAUCAGUGAUAUGUGUCCAAAGCCAGCCAGACACCCAUACCUUACUAACAGCAGGCCGUGAAGGUGUAGUGAAGGAAUGGGACCUUGCCUUUGGGAACUUGCUACGGCAGUUGGAUAUUGAUAAGGAUCUGCAGAAACUGCAGUUUAUCGAUAACACCACUUUUUUCUGCCAGACUGACUAUGCUUUCUCAUUGUACCACCUGCCCUGCUUUUACAGCCUCUUCAGUGUCUGUGGUUCUGCUCCCCAGCAGGUGCAGCGGGUCUGCUGCGGCCAUAAUUGGACUCGGAUCCUAUGUGCCACUAAGGAUGGUUUGUUGCGCUUUUUGUCUCCAAUAACAGGAGAUCUCCUGGUUAUCACCUGGCCUCUACUUGUCAUGGAUAAGGCUGUGGCUUGGGCCUAUGAUUCAGACAGAGAGGAGCUCUUUGUGGCAACAGACAGUUCAGAGGUGCUGGUGUUUGAUGCAACAUGCUCUCCUUGCACAGCCAAGUAUCUUGUGUGCACUUCAGUAAAAUCUGAGGAUAGAAUAAGAUGCCUGGCCUAUGGGCAGUCCCAUUUGGGUAAGGGCCUAGUAGGAUUGAUGUUCUGUGGGCAUGACAGUGGCAUUGUGAGAAUCCUCUCUCACUAUAGCUGUGCCCGAAUAGAGAAGACUGUUCACUCUGGGGCAGUAUUGGCAUUGUCUACCCUGGAAGGUCCCCAGGAGUACACCUUGCUCUGUUCCUAUGGCAUGGAUAAUACUGUGUACCUGACAGAAGCUGUGCUUCAGGGGAACAAGGUAAUCCUGCAGCCUGUCGGCAAAAUUCUGUGUGGUUGCCCCCUAAAACACGUGAUACUCUUGCCAGGUUCUGUGGGUGCCAUCACUGAGAACCACCGCUGGUGUCUCUGGCACUACAAAGAUCUUCUGACAUCUUUGGAAUCAAAACAAAGCUCUGAGUUUAAAGAGACAAAAUGCCUGCACCAGUGUGCCAUCACUUCAUUUGAUGUCUGCCUUUCCCUGAAACUUUUUGUCACUGGGGGCAUUGAUGGCUCAGUCCGGAUCUGGGACUUCCAUGGUAGACUCAUAACUGAGUUGGACUCAGCGUUACAUUUUGGCCCACUCUGCUUUGCCAAUAAUCGGGGUGACCUGCUUUUGACUUUCAACCAGAGUCUUUACCUGGUAUCCUGCUUAAAAUUGCUCCCUCCGGCUCAGCUGAUUCACCUAGCUAUCUCAAACAAUGCAGAUGAAAUACAAGAAGCCCCUAAACCCUUCCUGCCUAGCUUCUUCUUUUCAUUUGAAAAAGUAUUUGUACCCAAAUUUGUCUACUUUGAUCAAGGAAUGCAGGAAUUACAGGGGCUAGAGGCCCUUGAUAACAAGCGGGUCAUUGCCUUUGACAAUACCGUGCCUCACGUUGUAGAAGAAGAGAGACGUAAAUCCUCUGUGAUUCAAGAGGGACCGAAAUUGCAUUUUUUAGAGGAUAAGGAUACUGAUUUUUCUACUCUUAAUUCCAAGUGUAAUCAUCCCCCACGCAUGGUUCCUCCUCAAUUGUGGCUGGCCAGUUGGGAUGGAUUGAAACCCUACCAUGAAUUACGGCGCUUCUUUGGUCGAGGGCAGCAGUGGCCCUUUCCUCCUGAUGGCUACAUCCCCAACUCAGUGAUCCGUGCCCGCCUUUGGCCUGAGGGUACCCCAAUCUUCUUGUGCUGUGGCCUCUACCCAUCCUACCAACAAAAGGACUGGGACAUGACUGAACUCAGCAGACGCCAGACACUGUCACCUGUGACUCCAGUAAAAGAGAACAUUCCAAAGAGGAAACGGGGCCAUAAACCCAAGCAGUGGAAACAAACUUUCUUUGAUACUCUUGUAAACAUGGCCAACCAAAACUGGAUGGGAAGAAAACUGAAUGAAGGACUUAUAAACACUUUAAUCAAGGCCAUCCUCAACCACAUAGUUUACUGUUCUAUAGAACAAUACAAGACAUAUAUUAGUGUCCUGGCACAAAUUUUUGCCUCCUAUCAAGUAUCUUCAAGGUUGCACUCUGAGUCUGCCUGUCGCCUCCUGGAAGAUACAACUCAUUCCAAUCCACAGAUCCGUGAGAUAGCCUGGGAGGGGCUAGAGAGGUUAGGCUUCAUGAGCCAUCUCUUUGCUAUUCCACUGGCUGUGGGAUUGAUGGACAGUGAUGAAAAUGUGCGGGCUAAAGCCUUAUACCUUAUGAUUAGAGUUACAGGCAUCCAAACCAAAAGCAUGCUGGUAAGCCUGCUGAAGAGACGAGAAACUUUCCAGGAAAUGCAGGAGGACUUUAUUGGAGAAACCUCUCUGGACCAGCUGCUAGGAAUUCAAGCUGGUGGUAUCCAGUACCUGCUUACUCAGGUGGAACAGCGGCUAAAUGAGAACCUGACCUUGUCACAUAGAGAUGAGAAAUGUCCUUUUUCUUUAGAUAUAUCAAGGCCUGGUGAACCUGAGGCCCUUGAUGAACGAACACUCAGACCUUUUUCAGAACCUGUAAAGAUCCCCAAACUGAAGGAAAGAAUGACACAUGUUACAGCAAAGAGCAGAAAUCUCAUUAAAAAGGACAUGAAAGUUUCCAGGAAGCAGAGACAGGCAGAAUUUAGCCCUGUGUUGGUGACUUCAGAGCAUGAAGGUGAACAGAGAGAAGCCAAGGAAUCAGGGCAAAUUGACACCCAGGAUGUUGCCUUAGAACCAGAGCCGCCACUAAGCACUUUCAGCCCAGUCACAUCCCAAGACGAUGUUGAAUCAGAGGAGGUCAUGUUGGAGGCCACAAAAGCCAUGGAAUCCACAGAAGCCUUGGAGGUCACAGAGGCACUGAAGGCCAGAGGGGCAGUGGAGGCCACAGGAGUUUUGGUGGCCAUAGAUCAACAUGGCAUGAAAGAUUAUGAAGAAGUGAUUCCUAUGCUGGAAAGACAAGAACACCUGAAAAGGCUUUGGGAAAGAGCAGUGAAAAAAGGCCGUGAAAAAGUAGGUGUAAAGUUCAAAGAGACAAGAAAAUUGGAGGACGUUCCAGAAACAACUGCAGAAGAGCCCAAGAAAGAGGUCAUACAGGUUACUGAGCAAGAAGAUGCAAUGAAGAAACUUAGAAAGAGUGGUCGUGGUUUGUCUGGGACUCCUGGACGCGUAUCUAGAUCAGACACCAGAUCUUGGCGGGAUGACAUUUGCUAUCUUGUUACCUCAAGAAUAGCAAGUUCCCAUCCAGGAAUGUUAAGGGAUCUGGGUCAAGAAUUGGUGGAGCUGGCUCAGGCAAUACUUGCUCCCCAAGAGCCCAGCUGGGAUCUCUUCCAGGAGAUCUGUCCUCUUUUAAAGGACUCAUCAGAAUUGGAUGACAGAGUAAUGGAAGAAACACCUGUUGUAACAGAAGAAGUUGUUAAACAGGUUGUCAAGGAAGAAGGGACAGUAGGAUCGAGAGAACAAGGAGGUGAAAAAGUAUUAAAGAAAGGCAAGGUGUUUUCUAAAGUCAAGAAAAAGAAAGUUAAUUUCUUAGAAGAUGACCUAGUAUUAGAGAAAAGGAAAUUUAAAAAAUAUCACAAAAAGAAGAAAUGCAUCUGGGGUAUGGAGGAACAUGUUGCGGAAGAGGCCCGGGAAAGGGAGAAAUUGGCUCAGGAAGAGGAACGUUUGUCUAAAGAAGAGGAAGGGCUGUCCAGCAAAGAGGGAAAACAGGCAUUAGAAAGAGGCAGCUUGGCAGAGCAAGAGAUUAAAUUGACCCGAGGAAGGAAGAAAUUGUUAGUAAUGGAGAAAAAAGAGGCCCAUAAAAAGAAACAAAUCCAAGAGAAGAAAAAGCAAGUUGAGAAACAGGAGAAAGUAGACCAGAAGGAGAAGCAAGCUAAGAAAGAGGAGAAAGAGGCCACGGACAAACAAUUAGCCAGGAAAAGAAAGAAACUGGGCCAAAAAGAGGAGGAAAAGUUUGGAGAAAUGGAGAAACUGUCACAAGAAGAAGUUAAACAGACUGAAAAAAAGGCAAAAGAGAAGAAACCACCUGGUGAAAUGGAGAAAAGGCCCCAGCAAAAAGAGGAAAGGGCAUUGGAGAAAAGACUGAUUCCGGAAGACCGUAUACUGGCCAAGGAAGACAGGCAUAUUGCUGAGAGAGAAAAGGCAAUAGCCAGGGAAGGAACUGGCAUAACUAGGAGAAAAGAAAAAAUAACCCAAGAAGAGAAAGAAAUUACGGAAGAAGAAGGUACAUUGUCUGAUGAAGAGAGGAAAUUGGCCUAUGACAUCAGAACCAAGGAGAUGGGUGUUGCCAAGGAAGAAAUGAAAAGAAUCAAGGAGGAGAGUAUACAGGAAAUGAAGAAACUGGAUAUGGGAAUGGAGGUUAGUUCUGAAGAAAAAGAGGCUAGUUCCAGAGAAAAAGAUAUAAGGAAGAAAGAGAGUCACCUGGUGAGGAUCCUGGCUAAAACAAUUAGAGAAAUGAGGACAGAGCCGUUGAAAGAAAUAGGAAUACCUAAGGAAGAACCAUCAUUCAUUACGGGAAGGGGUGAAAUUGAUGACCAGAGGUGGGAGUUUUUAAAGGAACAGGAGGAAAUAACUAAAGAAGAGAAGGAGUCAGUUCAGAAAGAAAGAAAACCAGAAGAUGACAGACUGGCUACCAAAGAGAGAACACUGACUGAUGAAGAGAGCUUGGAGGAGGACCAAAGGUUAUUAGAGAAGGUCCAGGAGAAGAUAAUAUUAGAUAAAACACAGAUGGAGCGUAUGUUAAAGGAGGUUCAGCAGCAAAAUCUGUUAGGAAAAAAGCAGCUGAAGAAGCUUCUGAAGAUAAUUGAGGAGAAUAAACCAGAAAAGACCCAGACCGACAGGAAGGUCAACUUAUUGGAGCACACCACAUGA